AAGCAGAGUCACAUAAAUACAAUCAAUAGCUACAGUCUUAGAAAGAACAAGAAACAACCAUAAAAAUUAGAAGAGUUUGAUUAAUGGUAGUGAUGAUAAUAAAAGGGCUGUUCAGGAGAUACGAGAGAUGGAACCCAGUGCAUCCAACGCGUGGAGCAUUUUGGGGAAUGGGCGUGGGGAUUGGGUGCGGCGUCGGUUGGGGUCCCGGCUUUGGGCCGGAAGUGAUUGGCUAUGUUGGAGCCGGGUGCGGCGUUGGGUUCAGUGUUGGCUUCACUUUUGCUGGUGUUGGCAUUGGUCUUCCGGCGAACUUUAUCUUUCAACUUCCUUAUAAUGCUAUUAAUGCAACAAGAAGUGGUGCGUUUGAGUUGGCUUUAUCAAAUGCAAAAAAUGUUGCGGGAGAUGGGUGGAAUCAUAUUUCUGGGGUGCAAAGAGAAGCUACUGCAAGAUUCUCUAGCUUCAAGCAAAAAAGUGAUGUCCAUCUUAAGUCUAUUUGGGAAGGUUUUGGGAGAUCUGUUGUUUGUUUUUUGGGGCCUGGAAAAGGUCCAAAAGAUUAAUACCACGGGGAACUGUCAGCUAUGUGGUCAUAUUUUCUUUAUAGAUUUGCAAGAAUUGUAACAAGGUGCAUCUUAGUGAAGUUGAUGCUUUUAUACAUAUUGGAAUUAUAUCUCACUGAAUCAUUAAGUUGUAUCUUAGCAAUAGUAACAAGCAACUUUAUUCUGCCAUCACCUUUGCUUUCUACUAAAUUUGAUCCUAGUUUUCUGUUCUGUUGAAAACUUUGAUCCUAGUUUUCUUCCAGGGGGUGUAAAACUUGCAACAUGUGUAUACAUAUUUUUCUUCUUUAAAGUUUUGAAAAAGAGAAAAAUACGAACGCACGAUAUUUCAUUUUA